AGGUGGAUAACGAACCCGUAGUGGAGGGAAUUGGAAAAGUUGGAAAGAAAUCCUUCGCGAGAGAGCAUGGAAUCUAAUCUGCCCACUGUUCUGUCAUCACAACAAAAUUCAAAACUAUCCAAAAAAUAUAUAAUUAUUUAAAAACAAAAAGCACCCCACAAACAAGGCACAACAAAAAACGAACCUUUGUUUCUCUGGUAGACGCUGAUCCCAGUCAGUCACCGCUAUCAACGGGGAAAGUGUGUGUGUGUGUGCGUUUGUCCACACUCAUCAAGCCAAGACCGAGAUGAGAAGAUGAUGACGACGCCGUUUCAGCAGCCACCCCAAACCGUUAGGAGACUGGUCGUGGAAGUGGUGGACGCGCGGAACCUCCUUCCAAAGGAUGGGCAAGGAAGUUCUAGCCCUUACGUGGUGGCCGACUUCGACGGGCAGAGGAAGCGAACCAUCACCCGAUUCAAGGAGCUGAACCCCGUCUGGAAUGAACAGCUCGAGUUCAUCGUCUCUGACCCCGAAAACAUGGAGUACGAAGAGCUGGAGGUAGAGGUCUACAACGAUAAGAAGUUCGGUAACGGUAGUGGCCGCAAGAAUCACUUCCUCGGCAGGGUCAAGCUAUACGGAACGCAGUUCUCAAGGAAAGGAGAAGAAGCUCUCGUCUACUACACGCUCGAGAAGAGGAGCGUUUUCAGUUGGAUAAGGGGCGAAAUUGGCCUCAAGAUUUAUUACCACGACGAGAUGCUUGUUGAAGAAGAGAAACCACCGCCACCGGAGGAGCCAGUUGCCGGAGCAGAGCCGGAGAAGAACAAGCCACCGGGGAUGGUUGUUGUCGAGGAAGGAAGGAUUUUCGAGGCUCCUGGACCCAUGGAGCAAUGCGUGCCUCUUCCUCAUUCGCCGCGUGUCGUGGUUGUUGAAGAAUCGCCGCCGCCGGUGGUUCAUGUUCCGCAGGAUCCGCCGUUGCCGGAAAUGUGUGAACCUCCGGUUUCGGAAAUGCAGUUUCAUCCUGAGAUGAGGAAAAUGCAGGCCAAUAGAGGGGAGAGGGUGAAGAUUUUGAAGAGGCCGAACGGCGAUUACUCGCCGAAGGAUAUCUCCCUGAAGAACGCCGGCGUUGAGUCCGAGAGGGUUCAUCCUUUCGAUCUGGUGGAGCCAAUGCAGUAUCUGUUCGUGAAAAUCGUGAAAGCUCGCGGGCUCGCUCCUCCAAGCGAAAGCCCAUUCGUUAAGGUUCGAACGUCGAGCGACUACAGGAGAUCUAAGCCCGCGACCUACCGGCCCAACGAGCACCCAGACUCGCCGGAGUGGAACGAGGUGUUCGCACUGGGAUACAACAAGACAGAAGCAAACAGCGCCACGCUAGAGAUUUCGGUUUGGGAUUCCCCGACGGAGUAUUUCCUCGGCGGCGUUUGCUUCGAUCUCUCUGACGUCCCCGUGCGAGACCCUCCCGACAGCCCCUUGGCGCCGCAAUGGUACCGCCUCGAAGGAGGCACCGCCGAUCAAAAUCCCGGCAGAGUUUCCGGCGACAUUCAGGUCGCCGUGUGGAUCGGCACGCAAUCCGACGAGGCAUUCCCGGAAGCGUGGAUCUCAGACGCACCGUACGUGGCGCACACUCGGUCGAAGGUUUACCAGUCCCCGAAGCUCUGGUACCUUCGCGUGACAGUGAUCGAAGCCCAAGACCUAAACAUCGCUCCGAAUCUGCCUCCGUUGACGGCGCCGGAAGUUAGAGUGAAAGUGCAGCUAGGGUUCCAAUCGCAGCGAACAAGGCGAGGAUCAAUGAACCACCGCAGCUUAUCGUUCCACUGGAACGAGGACCUUCUCUUCGUGGCCGGGGACCCUCUGGAGGAUUCCGUGAUCCUUUUCGUCGAAGAUCGCACAACCAAGGAAGCGGCGCUGCUAGGGCACAUCGUAAUUCCGCUCAACUCCGUGGAGCAACGAAUCGACGAGCGUCACGUGGCAGCGAAAUGGUUCACCCUGGAGGGCGGGUCCUACUGCGGGCGGUUGCACUUGCGCCUCUGCCUGGAGGGCGGGUAUCACGUGCUGGACGAGGCGGCGCACGUGUGCAGCGACUUCCGGCCCACCGCGAAACAGCUGUGGAAACCGGCGGUCGGAAUUCUAGAGCUGGGGAUUCUGGGCGCUCGCGGGCUACUCCCAAUGAAAUCCAAAGGCACUGGAAAGGGGUCCACCGAUGCAUACUGUGUGGCAAAGUAUGGGAAAAAGUGGGUCCGAACCCGCACCGUAACGGACAGUUUCGAUCCACGGUGGAACGAGCAGUACACGUGGCAGGUGUACGACCCUUGCACGGUCUUGACCCUCGGCGUCUUCGACAACUGGCGCAUGUUCGCUGACGUGUCAAAGGACAGACCCGAUUGCCGCAUCGGCAAGGUACGCAUACGUGUCUCCACGCUGGAGAGCAACAGAGUCUACACCAAUUCCUACCCCCUCCUUGUCCUCACCCGAACCGGGUUGAAAAAAAUGGGCGAAAUCGAGUUGGCGGUUCGCUUCGCCUGCCCCUCCUUGCUGCCCGACACGUGCGCCGUUUACGGCCAGCCCCUGCUUCCCAGAAUGCACUAUCUCCGCCCCCUCGGUGUGGCCCAGCAGGAGGCUCUACGCGGGGCAGCCACUAAGAUGGUGGCGCAGUGGCUUGCGCGCUCGGAGCCGCCUCUGGGUUACGAGGUGGUUCGGUACAUGUUGGACGCCGACUCGCACGCUUGGAGCAUGCGGAAGAGCAAGGCGAAUUGGUUCAGAAUUGUGGCGGUUUUGGCUUGGGCCAUUGGGUUGGCUAAGUGGUUAGAUGACAUCAGAAGAUGGAAAAACCCGGUGACCACAGUGCUUCUCCAUAUUCUUUAUUUGGUGCUUGUUUGGUACCCAGAUUUAAUUGUUCCCACUGGCUUCUUAUACGUUGUUCUUAUUGGGAUAUGGUAUUACCGCUUCAGACCCAAGAUACCCGCUGGAAUGGAUACCCGCUUGUCACAGGCCGAAGCGGUUGACCCGGAUGAGUUGGAUGAGGAAUUUGACACCAUGCCCAGUUCCAAACCACCCGAUAUUAUUCGCCUUCGUUAUGACAGGCUAAGGAUGCUGGCUGCGCGGGUUCAAACGGUGUUGGGUGAUUUUGCAACCCAGGGAGAGAGGGUUCAGGCCCUGGUCAGUUGGAGGGACCCCAGGGCCACCAAGUUGUUCAUUGGAGUCUGCCUUGCUAUAACCAUUACACUCUAUGCUGUGCCCCCCAAAAUGGUUGCCGUUGCCUUAGGAUUCUACUACCUCCGCCACCCUAUGUUCCGCAACCCUAUGCCCUCCGCCAGCUUGAACUUUUUCCGGCGACUUCCCAGCUUGUCUGAUCGGUUGAUGUAGAUUAUUCCAAUUCAAUCUCUACUUUUUCCACUUUUUUUUAUUUAUUUUUUGUUUUCUUUUAAGGUGACAAUUUUUUUAGAGAUAAAAAAUUAUUUUACUCCAUUGGGCUUGGGUGGCGAGGGAGAGGAAAGGAACAAGCAGCUGUUUUGUUGGAAUGGUGUUUGAAAAAGGUGUCCUCAAUAACAUUGUAAGGAGUGAAAAAGGGGUGGAAAGUGGCUGGUUGUCAUCAUUUCUUUUUGUUGCAAUCAAAUGGAUUGACUGUGCUACUGUUCAAAACUCGAAAUAAGAGAAAGGUGUAAGGUUGGGGACGAGACAAACAUUGUGGGAGAAAUUUUGGGUACCGCCUCUUUCUAUCAACAUGUUUGGGAAGGCAUAUAAUAAUAAUAGUGCCUCUCGUAUCUUCUUCACAUCCAAAAAAACAAAAAGACCAUUGCAAAAACAGCUCCUUUACUGUUUGUUUCUCCAUGUUGUCUAUUUUCAAUUUCAAUUAGCACUUUUACUGAUUUUGGAAUCACACGACUUCAUCGUUAUUUUAUUACCGGCUCUUACCUCUAUUUAUUAUAAUUCGUACA